AUGGCGCGGGUCCCUUGUGUACGCCUUCUGGCCUUGCUUCUAUGGACUGCAAUGGGGAGCCCCAUUUCGAAGGUCAUCUCCCUUCUCAGCGACAUGGAGGAGAAGGUUAGGAGAGAGGGCAUUGCCACCGACGAGGCAAUGAAGGAGAAGGAGAUCUUCUGUGAGCGGAGAAACAGCGACCUCAGUUACUCGAUCAAGAAGAACGAGGACUCGAAGGAGGAGCUGGAAGCCAGGAUCUCAAAGGCAGAUUCUAAGCUUCAGACAGCCACCGACGACCUGCAGGAGGCGUUGAACAACAUGCAAUCCUACCAGGUCAACCUUGACACGGCGGCCGACGUUCGCAGUCAGGAGAGAGGCGACUUCGAAGCAGCGCAGAAGGACUUGAUGGAGACCAUGGUGUCCCUCGAGCGUGCGGUGGAUGCGCUGGAAAGGGAGGCUGCGAAAGGCUCUUCCGCGGCACUGCUGCAGGUACAAAAGGCCCCAGAUGUCCUGGCCGCCAUCAACGUGAUGGUUUCUGGAGCCAUGAUUGGCUCAGCUGACGCCGACGGCUUGACGGCCUUCCUGCAGAGCGGGGGCGGAGACGAGGUUGAUGAGCUGCAAGCUCCAAGCCCGGCCGUUUACGAGAGCAAGAGCGGCAGCAUCGUCGAGAUGCUGGAGGACAUGCAGGAUAAGGCGAAGUCCGAGCUGAAUGGGCUGCGGCAGAAGGAGGAGACCGCCAAGCACAGCUUCGCCAUGAUGCGCCAGUCCCUCGAAGGGCAGGUGGCCUUCGCGCAGGAGGAGGUCAGGAAGCUAAAGGCUCAACAAGCGGAGCUCCAGACAACCAAGUCUACCGCGCAGAAAGACCUGGAGGAAGCCAGCUCGGACCUCCAGUCUGACAAGAAGGACGCGGUCGAGCGAUUUUUGGAGUUCAUGCCGGGUGGUGGCUUGGACCUUGUGGGCCUGCGGGGUGCCGUUUCAGGGCAGAUACACGAUCUCAGAUCUCUGCUUUCUGGGCUUUUGUAG